GCUGACCGAGAGAGAGGAGAGAGGAGAGCACUGGAUAUUGUUUUCCGCCUGAAUUAAGAGGAUAUCACCGCGUUACUGCUGACCGGCUGGAACACCAGCUCUGUGUGAGCGAGGGGCGAAGUGACCGGGCUGCACUAACCGCUGCUGUGUCCUCGGAUUUUCCUGUUAUAUUUUCUAUUCUGGUUGGAAGCUGAUAAUCUGUUUAUAUAUCAGAUCAUCUCUCCUCGUCAACAUGGAUGAGGACAGCAGGGUACCUGAAGAUCUGUCACUGGAUGAAAGGGAUGAACUGUGCAACAUUCGACGAAGGAAAAAAGAGUUGCUGGAUGACAUUGAACGUUUAAAGUUUGAGAUCGCUGAAGUGAUGACAGAGAUUGAGCAGUUAACGUGCAUGGGAGAGUGCAAAACCAGUCAGAGGAAUAAACAGGUUGCUAUUGGAAGAAAGAAAUUCAAUAUGGAUCCUAAAAAGGGAAUCCAGUUUCUUUUGGACAACGAUCUUUUGCAGCACACGCCUGACGAUAUUGCACAGUUUCUGUACAAAGGAGAAGGCUUGAAUAAAACAGUCAUUGGAGAUUAUUUAGGAGAAAGGGACGACUUUAACAUCAAGGUUCUGCAGGCUUUUGUGGAGCUUCAUGAAUUUGCAGACCUCAACCUGGUGCAAGCUCUGAGGCAAUUUCUGUGGAGCUUCAGGCUGCCAGGUGAGGCUCAGAAGAUUGAUCGGAUGAUGGAGGCUUUUGCAUCGCGGUACUGCCAGUGCAACCCUGGUGUCUUCCAGUCUUCAGACACGUGCUACAUCUUGUCAUUCUCCAUCAUUAUGCUCAACACCAGCCUGCAUAACCCCAACGUCAGGGACAAACCGAGCGCUGACAGAUUUAUCUCUAUGAACCGUGGAAUCAAUGAAGGAGGUGAUCUGCCUGAGGAGCUGCUGAAGAACUUGUAUGAAAGCAUAAAGAAUGAGCCUUUCAAAAUCCCUGAAGAUGAUGGCAAUGACCUCACACACACAUUCUUUAAUCCAGACAGGGAAGGAUGGCUGCUGAAGCUAGGAGGUAGAGUGAAGACAUGGAAAAGGAGAUGGUUCAUUCUCACAGACAACUGUUUGUACUACUUUGAAUAUACAACUGACAAGGAGCCCCGAGGGAUCAUCCCACUGGAGAACCUCAGCAUUAGAGAAGUGGAGGAGCCAAGAAAACCAAACUGCUUUGAGCUCUACAACCCGAGCCAUAAAGGACAGGUGAUCAAGGCGUGCAAGACUGAGGCGGACGGCAGAGUGGUGGAGGGGAACCACGUGGUGUACAGAAUAUCAGCCCCCACACCGGAGGAGAAGGAGGAGUGGAUCAAAUCCAUCAAGGCCAGCAUCAGCAGGGACCCUUUCUACGAAAUGCUGGUGACCAGAAAGCGACGGGUGGCCGCUAAGAAGUGAGAGCAGGGUGACCUUUUGCCAGAGUAUUUACUCUAAUGCAGGGUCCGCCAGCCGCUUAUCUGCAGGGGAGCCCCUCUUAAUCACUCUGGAACGCCCCAGGUCGAAGAGGGUCAACAGCAGAGGACAGAAACCUGUGUUUUUGGCGUCGGUGUAGACAACACUCAGCAGGUCGGCGUCCGUGGUUGGUGCAUACCUCAGUGUUAUCUGCAGACGUGGGGCUUUCCAGGUCAGAAAAUGGACUAAACGGGCAGUAGAUAUGUAGCUGUGCGUUGUGUGUUUGUUAGAUUUUCUUGUACUUUGGAAAAGACAGAUGUGAUUGUAAUAUAAACCCUCUCUUUUCUUAUGAUUGACUGUCAACACACUGGCACUUAGCCACUGGUGAGGACAGUUAGUACCACACUGCUCUCUAUUGGCUGACUGCAGCAGCUGCAUUUGAGCCACAAAUGUGGUUUAUAUCACUGCAGAGUUAAUGUCUUAGUGAUGCACUGAUUUUUUUGUUCAGUGUAACGUUUAUAAGUUUAACUUUCUGAUUAAAUUUAAAUUUCAAAAUAGAAAUUUAUGUGUAACUUUUAAUUAUUUCCUUUUUUACCAAUUUGUUUUAUUUCAGUCCCUUACAGUCCUGAUUCUCUAAUCUUCUAUUUUUGCAUUUUUAAAUAAAAUGUUGGCAUAAACCAUCAAAUUGGGGAGAAAAGCAGAAAUUUGAGUAAACAUUUUUUUUUUUUGUGAAAUUCAGAUUGUGUGAGAGAGAAAUAAAAACCUAGAACAUUGAAAAACCAAAUGGAAAUAUUUCUUUUUUUACUAUACAAAAAGGAGAAGUUUAUAUUUAAUUUUCUGCUUUCUAAUUUAUCCUCAAAUGAUCAGAAAAUUGAAUUGAUAAAUGUUACACCGACAUAUUUCCUCAGAUAGUACUGAUUAUUAAUGUUGAUCAUAUUGAUUGUAAUGGACAAUAACAUUGCAGCGCUGUUUUAACUCCCACCCUUCUAAAAAUAGAGGUUAAAAAAAGGUUAUAGACCCAAGAAAAACUUCAGAUGGUGUAGAACUAAAACACACACACACACCUACACAACUGUACUAAGAGCUUCUUUAGAAAACUAAGUGUGACUCUUCUGGGAGCCUUUUUACACCUUUAUUAUUAGGAAUGUAUUUAUGCUUUAUAUAGAUUAUAUCACUGCUGCUGGUCUAAGCAGAACUUGCCUGCUGUCAGACUCUGCUUUCUCCAGCAAAUUUUUAAAUAAUUUUAAAUUAUUUUAAAAUAAUUUUCUUGUUAUAUUAUUAUUAUUAUAUAAAUCAGCAGGACUGGUUGUGUAUGUUGUAAAUAUAACAUUUUUUAGUUUAGUGAAGUGUCAGAACUGCUUAUACUUAAACGCUCAUCUCCACACUCCACUGGUCAACCUGCAACCUGAGGCUCCUAUACAUUAUAUUAUCAGAUAUUGUAGUUAAUUAUAUAAUCAAGAUAUGUUGUAAAUGUUGACAUAGCUGUAAUUUGUUUUCUAUAAGUGUGUUUUCAUUUAUAUGAAGGAUUUGCUUUUGCUGAUGUGUUUGUUGUUACUUGGUCUGUAUGAUGCCUUAAAUAAUUUUAAUCAAUCUCUCAGGCUUUGGUUUUGGUUCCUAACUUAAGAAAUACAGAUUUCAUUUGACUUGACAAAGCCUAGGACUGAUAAUCCAAAGUGAGUUAAGCAGACUGUAGUGUUUUUAAGUGGUUUACGUAACUGGAUUUGUAUCUGAUUUGAAGUCUUGAAUGCGUUUACACUUGCAUUUGUAUGUAGCUUGGCCUUAUCCAGAUACAAGAUCAAUACUUAACAUGCAUGAAGUGAUCAGGUGUAAAUAAGGUCUAUAAUUGUAUAAAAAAUACCCAUACAAAGACACUGUAUAAAACAGUGCACAUGUGAUGCAGCAAUCAUACAAAGUAUUUUUCUUUCUUUUUUUUUUUAAUCCAAAAGGGGAGAACAGACCUCACCCUAUACAAAUCCACUCAACCCAUCAUCGCAUACAUAUCCAUUCACCCCAACAAAAACCUGUAAACAUACUGAGAGAAAAUUACAAUUGUAGACAUUAAGGCCUUUUCCCUCAAUCAAUAUAUAAUGUACAAUGUAUAAAUUUAUUUUGACAUGCUACAGUAAAAUGUAUGAAUUGAAUAUA